AGAGGGUUAGGCGCAGAAAAAUGGGGGAGAGAAGGAAAUGGUGUGGUGGCGAGAAGGCCAAGUUAAGGGAGUUCCAGAGAGGGAUGUCCUGUCAAUGGAGAGAGAAACCAGAACAAACCGUUUCACCAACAAAAACAACACCAAAGCUACGAGGAGGAGGAAGAAGAGGGAAGAAGCUGAACGCCUGCAGCAAAACGGCGUUUUUGGAAACGCCGGUUUCGAUUCUCUUGCUGCGCCAAAUGGAGAUGAUGAUGAUGACGAUGAAGCUGUGGGCGUUUAGCUUUUGAUUUGUGGGGUUCUCGAGGAAGAAGGAGGAGGAGGUGGUUGAUGACGAUAAUGAGAAAGAAAAGCUGUCAGGUUCAUAGUGCUCCUCCCGACGGUAUCGCCAUGUCUCCGCAACCCAAGAAGAUCUACCAAGUUUGGCCCGGAAACAACAAAUUUUGUUGCAGUGGAAGACUGAUCUUCGGUCCGGACGCAUCUUCGCUUCUUCUGACAACGUGUAUGAUAGGAGCACCCGCCAUUGCUUUCUGCGCCAGGAUGAUCUACCUGAUCACUCGUCGUGACCCUUUCUUCAACUCUCUCGUCUUGUUCGGCGCAAUUCUUCUCACUGUCUUGGAUUUCACAUUUCUUUUCUUGACAUCGUCUAGAGACCCCGGGAUUAUCCCGAGGAACAAAGAAGCCCCUGAAGCGGCAGAAGAAAUGGCUGACGUACCGACCCAGUCGGCUGAAUGGGUUACCAACAAGCUCGUGAAUGCGAAAUUACCCCGGACCAAGGACGUGAUGGUGAAUGGUUACACUGUCAAAGUGAAAUUCUGCGAUACUUGUCUGUUGUAUCGCCCCCCUCGUGCCUCUCACUGCUCGAUCUGCAACAACUGUGUCCAGAGGUUCGAUCACCACUGUCCGUGGGUUGGUCAGUGUAUCGCCUUACGUAACUAUUCGUUCUUCAUCUGUUUCAUAUCGUGUUCAACCCUCCUCUGCCUUUACGUCUUUGCCUUCUCGUGGGUCAGCAUACUCGAGUUCCACGGCGAGAGCUUGAUCGUCAUCUCGUCUGAUUUCUUAUCGAUCAUUCUCAUAGUUUACUGCUUCGUCGCUGUCUGGUUUGUCGGCGGGCUCACGGUUUUCCACCUUUACCUGAUCUGCACCAAUCAGACAACUUACGAGAACUUCAGGUACCGGUACGACAAGAAGGAGAAUCCUUACACGAAGGGAAUCCCAAGGAACUUCAACGAGCUGUUCUUCAACAAGAUCCCGCCUUCCUUGAUCAACUUUAGAGACGUGGCACCUGAAGAAGAACCCGACAUCGAGGUUGGAUCCAUCGCCUCUGAGCUCGACAGAGCCAUCGGUUCUCCGCACAAAUACGACAUGGAAAUCGACACCAUGGGUGAUUCUCUCAAGACGAAAGGAUUAGGGUCGGGGGGUUCGGCGUUCGACCCGUUUUUCGUUCCGGGUCAUCAAGAACCGACGAAUCUGAUGAGAAACUCGAGCGUCGAUGUCAGGUCCAGGUAGCCUCAAAGGCUCUGGAUCGAUCGACCGGUGAAAAAUUGUGCUUUGUGUAAACUAUAAUCGGGAAUUAAAGUCUUCUUUACUCGUGAAGUGAGUAACUUUUUAAUGUCUGAGAAAGGAAUAUAGGAGAUUUAGUGUGAAUUUUAGACAGGGAGACUCCAUGGUUAUUCGAUGGUUUCCUGCGUUACAGAUACA